AUGAGCAAUCCUACAGAUCUUGUCUCAUGGUCCCUCCAAAUGAUUAAAAUGACUUCAAACUCGCCAAGGUUGAAACUGCACGAUUUGCCAAGGAACUUGCAUUAUGUGACGAUAAGUUACAUAGAAACUGCUGGAAGCACUACAACUCGUCAAAAGGCUCUCAAAGAACAGUACUUUUUCUCAUGCAAUUGUCCCCACUGCAUAAAAGCCCAGUUUGAUGAUAUUCAAGAAAGUGCAAUUCUAGAAGGUUACAUAUGCAAGGAUAAUGCAUGUAAUGGUUUCUUGCUUCGUGAUUCUGACAACAAAGGAUUCAUAUGCCAGCAGUGUGGACUCUUUAGGGACAAGGAAGAAAUUAAGAAUAUUGCUAGUGAAGUGAAAGUAGUGUCAGAGAAAGCCUCCUUGACACUUUCUGCUGGUCAUAAAACUGAAGCUAGUGCUUUGUAUAAGAUGGUUGAGAAACUCCAAGUGAAGUUGUACCAUCAAUUUUCAAUCAAUCUCAUGCGGACUUGGGAAAAUCUCUUAAAGGUGUUCAUGGAACUGGAGGAUUGGAAGCAAGCACUAACUUAUUGCAAAUUGACUAUUCCAACGUAUCAGAGUAAGUUGUUAUCACUCAGCUAA